AUGAAGAACAGAACCCCUCUCCUCGUUGCCUUUCUUCUUCUUCUUUUCACUUUUUCUUGUGUUUUGGCUCAAAAGGCCUAUCCAGAACAGUCAAAUGUCAUUUCUCUCGUUGGACAACCUGUGAAUGCUCUUCACUUUGGAAUUGAUCUACCACCAAGUGUUAUCAACGCUGCUGCUGGUAGAACGGAACAAGAGGACGAAGAAGCUGUCGUUGAUGAAGCAUUGGCUGACACUUCACUUGUCAUGAUGCCAACUGCCUUGUCCGAUGAUGAAUUUUCUGAAGAAGCGGAGGCCAUGGCAGAUUCUGAAGCAUUCCUCUCAUCAGGCGCUCAAUUAAAGGCCACGACCAUGCUCAACGUUCGAAAAGGACCAUGUACCAAUCAAAGAGUCAUCAAAGUGUUGAGAGCUGGUGAAAAAGUGAGUUACAAUGGAGUGGUUCGAACUGGAUGUGGAUAUACUUGGUAUGGAGUUUCAGGAAGUUUUGGAUCUGGAUUUGCUGCAAAGGCCUAUUUGACAUCUGUCAGCGGUGGAAGACAAACUCAACCAAAGAAACCAACUCAACCAAAGGGUGGAAAUACUUCUAGAAAUGGAAAUAGUUGUAGACAAUCUUAUAAUUAUCCAUUGUUUAAGCAAUGUGAUCGACGAUGGGGAGCUAAUCGAUUGGGAUCAAGUUCAACUAUUUGUAAAGUUGGUUGUCUCAUGACCUCAGUCACCAGUGCAUUGAACGGACGUGGUAAAUCAAGCAAAAAUCCAGGUGAAAUGAAUGCUUAUUUAAGAGCUCACGGAGGAUAUUAUGGCAAUUUGUUCGUUUGGGGUGCUGUCGCUAAAUUUGGUUUUAAAUACCUCGGACAAACUACUAACAAGAGUACUAUUAGAAAUUGGCUCUGUUCUGGUAAAGUUGUGGUUUUGAAUGUCAAUGGAGGUGGACAUUGGGUCUUGGCCAAGUCUUACAGCAGUGGAGUUUAUGGAGUGAAUGAUUCUGGAUAUAAUAGAAGUUCCUAUGCUGAGAGUCAAGUUGUGAGAGCUGCUGCUUUUGAUGUUUGA